UCGCGCGUGCAAGGUGCAUCUUGGACAUCUCGCCGCUACGCCGCGCCGCAACCGCGCCGCGCCCGCACCGCACCGCUACUUCACCAUUGUCAACUGCCGCUGCAGCAGCACAGUGCCUGCGUCUGCCCCCGCAUUGAUAAACGUCAACUAACAACGAUGGAAUUAUUCCUUUGGGUGCUUACGGUCAUUAAAAUUGCGCUGUGUAGAAUUUUGGAUCCAUUCUAUUGGCUUCUUUCGAAAUUGGAGACCACAGUUCCUCUUCAGCCGAUAAGGAACAACAUUCUGACUAUGAGUGCUUCACAGUUAGCUGCGAAAAUACGGACCGGUGAGAUCAGCUGUGAAGAAGUGAUGCAGCUUUAUAUUUUCCGAUGCAGAAGAGUAGAUAUGAAGUUGAAUGCAGUUGUCGAGAACAGAUAUGCUGCAGCAGUAGAAGAGGCUGAGAAAGUCGAUGCUCUGAUUGCUUCAAAUACAAAGACCAUUAAGGAAUUGGAAGAAGAACUGCCUUUACUUGGUGUGCCAAUAUCAGUUAAGGAGUGCUGUAAACUGAAAGGUAUGAGCUAUUCAGUGGGAUGCCGGAUCAGGGUUGGAAAGAAAGCAGAUAAGGAUGGAACAGCAGUAGAGCUGCUGCGGAAAUCAGGAGCGAUCCCUAUAGCUGUGACCAACCAGUCGGAGAUGUGCCUCUCCACGGAGACAUACAACUCUGUCUGUGGCCUUACGAGAAACCCUUACAACAUACAGCGUACUGUGGGUGGUGCUUCGGGUGGAGAGGCAGCCCUGGUGAGCUCAGCAGGAACGGUGGCUGGGAUUGGUUGUGACCUGUUUGGUUCUGUCCGCUGCCCUGCCAUGUUCACCAGCAUCUACGGCCACAGGCCUACACCAGGGAUCGUAUCUGUGGAGGGUCAUUACCCAGAAGAGAGCAGUGAACAGCUGACAGACCACCUUGUGUUGGGCCCCAUCACUCGGUACUCAGAAGACUUGCCACUGAUGAUGACAGUGAUGGCUGGCAACCAAGCAGCCAAACUUAAACUUCAUCAAAAGGUCAACCUGAAGGAUCUGAAAGUAUUUUACAUGACAGAAGCAGGAUCUUCCCUGAAUCUCCCAUCUGUGGAUGAGGAGAUCAAACUUGCCAUACAAAAAGCUGUCGACUACUUACAGACAACGUGCAAAUGUGGUGUUCAAAAGGCCGAAUUCACCGAAUUCAAGAACUCACAAGAAAUUAGUAGAGCUGUAUUGUUUAAUUUAAAGAACAUUCCAGAUGUCUUAAAUGAGAACAAAAGUAUAUAUUACAAGAAAAGCCAAGAUUUGUGGAAUGAAAUAUUGAAAAGUUUUAUUGGACAAUCUGCAUUUUCCUUGAUGGCUCUCACACACAGUUUUAUGAAUAUGAUCUACAAAAAGAUACCUGCAGAAAAAACUCAGUUAUACAUUCGGCAAAACGAAAAUCUCAAGGAAAAACUUAUUGAAGCCCUUGGAGAAGAUGGAGUACUUAUUUUACCCACGUAUCCUACAGCAGCACACUAUCACUACCAGUCACUCAUACGGAAGCCAGGUGACUGUUACUGUACGAUCAUCACUAGUCUCGGCUUACCGGCAACCAAUAUUCCGAUGGGUCUUAAUAAAAAGGGAUUACCUAUUGGAUUUCAGGUGAUUGCUGCUCCAUACCAAGAUCGUUUGUGUUUUGCUGUUGCCCAAGAGUUGGAGAGAGCGUUUGGUGGUUGGGUCCAGCCACCUUGCCUGCAGACACCCACAGACAGCUGAUAAUGUGCCACUGCUAUAUUCUUAUUUACCUGUCUCCUACAACAUCAUUUCCAUACUGGAAAAUAAUAAAAAUAUAAUGAUAACAACCUGAA